AUGAUCCUCUGUUUAGGCCCAUUAAGUUCGGGCAAGACUCUACUCCUAAAAAACCUCCAGAGCAAUGAAAAUAUCGAUAAUACGACCACUGCUGUGCCCACAAUGGGCACAAACAUUUUCAAAAUCAGGAUCCAGGACAGUAUCUAUGAAAUUCGCGAACUAGGUGGAGCUAUGGCACCUAUAUGGUCGAUGUACUUAAACAAUGUUUGCAAGGUGAUAUACGUUGUAGAUGCAUCAAACUUGUGCCAGAUAUCUGCGGCCAGUGUGCUUCUGUAUACCAUAUUAGUGAAUCCUGCUCUGAAAAAUGCGGAAUUUUUAUUGGUAUUAACUAAAAUGGAUGUCAGCUACAGACAAAUGAGGAACGAGGCGCUCUUGAUGUUGCAGAUGAAGAGAUUACAGAAAGAAGUUAAACAAAAUAUUACAAUUACGGAAGCAAGUGCGAUAAGUGGGGAAGGUAGAAAGGAAAUUCUAAAUUGGAUAAAGAAUGAUAAGUCGCUAGUUAAUAAAAAACAGGACAAAAAUUAGUGCUAAGUAUAGAGGUUGUACCUGAAGAGAUACGUUAAAUGAAUAUAAUGUUUUAUUUAUUGUGCAAAGUAUAGUUAAAACCAAAGAUUUUUAAUUUUGUUAAUUUGAAAAUAAUAAAGUACGCAUUAAAAAUGUUUUAUUAGAAUAUUUUCAUUUAUAAUUUUAUAAGGGAAAAUAUUGUCGUGACACGUUAGCUGUUGGAUGUUCUAAUUAUAAAAAUCCUGUGAUUACAUAAUUUCAAAAGCGGCGGACACGUCGAUUUUGUCAGUAUCAUUUCCAGUAAUCCAAAGUAUAUGUAUAUAUGAUGUUUUGGAAUUAUAUUUUUACAUUUUUUUUUUAAUUAUGAAUUUUUAAAUAAAACUCAACUUUCAGUUUUUCAACUGAUACAAUAAUUUACAUUGGAUUUAUUUAAAUAAAAUUUAUUGUUAUGCACAGAGGUUUUGUUGAUUAAUAGAAAAUUUAUAAAUUUCUUUAUCUAUGUUAUAUUAAAUUAUUUGUGUGUUCAGGAUUCAGGGUUUUAAUUUUGCCCAAUUGUAUGUACAUACAGUGUAGGAAAGUACCGAUGGUCUAUCAGAAGUUACGUGAGAGCGAUAAAGUAAGCCAUAGAAAUCCAUGUGAU